UUUUUUUUUUUUUACUUUUUUUUAGUUAAACAUCAUCGCCCUUAUUCCUCACACAGUCACUUAUUGAAUUGGAACCCUAAUCGAUCCCACCUCCAUGGCAGUGGGUCAAGCGCCAACUCCAUACCACAAAUUUUGGUUUCAUCAAUCUCACAUCUCCCUUCUGUCACAUUUCAUCAUGAGAAUUCCUUGUCUCUCUCUCUCUCUCCCUCUAUAUUGCUUUGAGUGGCUCUUCAUCAAAAUCAGAAUUAUCCUCUUCUUCUGGGUUUCGUCACAGAUAUCUGAGUUUCGAAGACUGGGUUUGUCUUACCUUUCCCGUUGGUUGAAAAAUCAAAUGGAAUGGGACAGUGAUUCCAAUCUCAGCUGCGGAGAUGAGGUGGCUGAUGACGGCUGGUUCGGCGGAGACAGUGGAACGAUUCAGAUUCCGGCGAGUAGUCUUCCGACGCCGUUUAGGUUUGUUAGCUCUGCGGAUUCUCUUUUCUCGAGCUUAAAUGGUCGUUCUAUGCUUGGGAAUGAGUUAUACAGAGGAUCCAAAGUCCGUUGUCUCUGUGGUGCAGUGUCUUCUUCUGGGUUUCUUGGAGCCAAGUCUGUGGCUUUCAGGACACAUAUGUAUGGGAGGACGGUGAUGAUCGCAGUUGAUAAAAUUCCAGUCUAUGAUUCUGCAGAAGACGAGCUUACAUCUAAGCCUUCUAACUUAGGAGUCCUAAGAAUGUCGACCAGAUAUCUUUUUGUUGCUUGAAUUUUCUGUCAUUGACUCUGCUCUGUAACAUUAGGAUCUAUUUUGGAGCUUUUAGUGAAGUUUUUUGUGGUCUGCUUAUUGCUCUCUAUUUAGUUUGUUCAAACCCACAAACGCAUGAUUGUUUCAUGACAUGGGUGUUGGAACAUCCUAAGAUCAGAAACUGUUGAAUCCCUCUUCUACCUGUGGUGGUUGACUGGGAACAAGCAUAUCAAGAGUGAGUAUAGAAUUUAUUUCAAGCAUUUGAGAAGAAUUCUCGUAUAGAAUCUGGAUAUGUAGGAUGGAA